AUGUUUCACAAAUUUAUUAGCACACUUACAAAUAAAAAGAUUACACAAACAAUCAUGGGCACAAUUAAUAAAGAAAACAUUAAACCAGCAAUGCUUUUAUCAGCAUUUGGUGAUGCUUGUGGAUAUAAAAAUGGUAUUUGGGAGUUUGAAAAGUCUCCAUCAAGAAUAUAUGAACACUAUGAAUAUCUUGGUGGUUAUAAAAAUCUAAAAAUAAAUAAGAAAGAUUGGAGAUUAUCAGAUGAUACAAUUAUGCAUAUUGCAACAGCAAUUGCAAUAACAAGACCAACCAAUACAGAUAAUGAAUCAAUAUGUAAAGAAUUAGCAAAAGCAUAUAUUCAUUCAAUGGAAGAUAUGGCAGGAAGAGCACCAGGAAUUCAAACAAUUAAUUCAGUAUCACUGAUGACACAAACUGGAAUGAGAUCCAAAGUUUAUCAAUGGAAUGAGAUUGAUUUCUCUGAUAGAGCAGGUGGUUGUGGUGGAUCAAUGAGAUCUAUGUGUAUUGGAUUUAAAUAUUGGUCUGAUGAACAAUUGGAUACAUUAAUUGAAUUAUCAAUUGAAAGUGGUAGAAUCACACAUAAUAACCCAGUUGGCUUUCUAGGUGCAUUAGUAUCAGCAUUAUUUGCCUCAUAUGCAAUCAGAUCAAUUCCACCAAAAACCUGGCCUUUGAAAUUAAUGACAGAGGUAAUGCCAAAAGCUAGAGAAUAUUUAGAGAAAACUUCAAAUAGUUCAAAUCGUAACAUUGAAAAUUAUGAAAAAGGUUGGAAUUAUUUUUGGAACUCUUGGAAAUCUUAUUUAAAAUUAAGACAAAUUCCAUCGAAUCCAGACGAAUUAAAAGCAGCCAAUGAUAAGGGUAUCGAUUAUCCAGUUUUCCCAAAAGAUUAUUCAGAUUAUAAAGUUAGAGAGAAUUUCUAUCAUUCAAUUUCAUUUAGUGGUUGGGGUGGUUCAUCAGGUCAUGAUUCAUGUAUUAUAGCAUAUGAUGCCUUAUUAGGUUCUGCUGAUAAUUGGGAAGAAAUGAUUAAAAGAUCAGUUCUUCAUGGUGGUGAUAAUGAUUCAACUGGUGCUAUUGGUUGUUGUUGGUGGGGUGCUCUCUAUGGUUUCAAUGGUGUACCAGAAUGUAAUUAUGAAAAAAUUGAAUAUAAAUCAAUCAUCGAAGGUUUAGCAAAAGAAAUUUCAAAUUAA